UGUGAAAAAAAUAUUUACACUUAAAGUAAAUUUUACUUGAAAGUAGCCAAUUAAAUGGUGAUGUGAGAGUGAUAUUGGAAAAAAAGCAAUUACUUAAAUAUAUAUACACAUACAUAUGCACAUAUGUACAUAUAUACAAUUAUAACGUAAUUAAGCAAUUUUAUAGUAAUUUUGAGGAAAUCGACAGUGAAAUCGUUUUAGAAUUAUCGAAAAAAUAAUACAAAUAAAUUUUGUUGUAUAAAAUUUGUUGGCUCCUUUGAUUACAGUGAUUACAUAAAUUUCAGCUGUUCAGCGUUUUCCUACAUUUUCGUUCGACUUCAAGUGACGCAGUAACGUUUAAACUAUCCUGGACUACACCAGGCAGCAGUCAGCAGUCUGUAGUCGCUCGGUCGGUCGGUCGGUCGGUCGGUGCUGGCGUUCUUAUCGGUGACAUCGCUUUAAUCGUAUUGUAACUGUUUCCACCUCAAAAAUUAUCUACAAGCUUUUGUGCGUAUAUACAUAUGUAUAUGUGUGUGAAAUAAUUGGCUCUAUACGUGCAAGUGUUUAAUUAAAAUAUUAUACCUACCUAUGUAUGUGUAUAUAUGUGUGUGUGUUAUUAACACUAGCGAUGUUGCUAAAAUAAGCCACUAAUCUCAGCCCCUCCAAACAUUUUGAGUUUGAAAGAGAAAAAACAAAAAAACAAAGCAAUGCUAUUGAUUUAGUUGUAUCAAAUAUAUUAUGUACUGGAAUUUAGUGUAAAAGUGGAGGAAUUUCCAAGAAGAGAAAAGAAAUAAACUCACAAAAAAAUAAAGAUAGAAAUUUGCGUCAAUUAUUCUUACAAAAAUAAUUGUUUGUGUAUAUCAUACUAAGCAUUGUCAUAAAUUAAGAAUUUGAAACACCUAUAUAUGUAUUGGCUUGAACAUAUAUUUGUAAAAAUAGAGCUAAACCAAAAGCACUUACUCAUUUUUAAUACCUAAACAGGCGAAAACUCAAGUAUACACAAUCAUACGACGGCGUCAUAAUCAGCAUCUACAGCAGCAACAACAAAUGCAACAACAGCAACCACAUAGUUUGCAACAAAUAGUAACGACACAACAACAGCAACAGCAACAACAACAACAUAACCAACAGCCACCUAUAAUGGAGCAUGUGGAACAACAACAAACGCCAAAUCAACAACAACAGCAAACGCAUGUGGUUGGCGGCGGCAGCUACGGUGCUGGUGUUGGCGCUGGUGCCGUUGGUGGUGGUGCUGCUGGUGGUGGAUUCGAAUCUGCCUUGGCACCGCUGUCCAGCUCCGCCUCGAACAUUAGCACCGUCAUCGAUGAUGGCAAUGGCGAGAAUGCCAUGUUGCCGCCGCUCACCGGUCCCGGACCGAGUAGACAACGUUCAUUGCGCGAUCGCCUCAAAGACGGCAUUACCGGCAGUUUCUCAUGGCAGUAAGUUGGAUUUUUGGCGUUGUUUGAAGUUUUCAAUUUGAUUGCGUAAUUUUCUUUGUAAAAAGUUCUUUAUAUUAGAAAAGUU